GGCACAGGGCAUUGAGAUGCACCUCCGUGGAGAGGGAGAUCCCAUCCCCCUGCUGCUCUGACUGAUCCAGUGUCUUUGAAUUAGAGACAAAGAGAACGGCAGCUUAAGACAGAUACAACUGACCCAGAGUCAGUGGAGCAAAACACACAGAAGGAAGAGCAGCAGGAUAAAAAAACAAGCUGAAAACACAAUCAUCACGGGAUGAACGAGUGACGAAUUUCCGGGCAAGGGCGGUCCAUUUAAAAAUAAUUCCUUCCUCCCUCGCCAUGCAAGCGUAUACUCGUCAGAAGUGUCCACGUAAUUUGAGGGCUGAGGGUCUUUUAAGUGUUUGGACCGCUAGUAGGGACUCCAGUACAUCCUCCAGAAAUGCAUUUGAACGUCUUGAAAUGUCCCAUUGACGAAUGGCAAUUGUUUGAAAACCACUUCCUGGUCUUGGAUUUCAACGCCAUCUACUACAUUACCCAAAAUGCAAUUUGUCCUAUUUUUCUCCUCGCGGGCUUUGUUUUGGGAUGGCGGUAUACUUCGAAUCUCCCAUUUGUUGUCUUCAAACACUGAAAAUACAUUGAAUACGUAAAUUCGUUGUCUGUAAACAAGCCCUGUCUGGAGAGCAAGUCAUGUCAUCUCCAGCUGGGUUGCAGGCUCAGCAGUCCCAAACAAAGUUCCUUGACCGAUGGUUGACGAGCAGCUCCUGUGCCGGGGUUAUCCUGAACCCCUCCCCGGACCUGGCUGACUCUCUUCGACACAGCUCUGUCUGGAGAUCCCGGGAUGUGAAUGACUCCUUUGCCUCUCAAUUUGUUCCCCUCCCGGUCUCCAGUAGCAGCAGUUGCCUCAGUAUCAGUUCCCUCGUCCAUGAUGCUGAGUCCGGGACAGAAUUGAGCAAACAGAAUCAGCUACCAGUUGAUAGAACUUUGUCUGACAGACAAUUUGCUGGACUGCAGACAGUGGUGUCUCAAGGGUUGACAUUACCUGGAGAGAUGGACAGUAUGGAGAAGUUUGUAGAGCAGUCUCAGGACCUACCCCUAAUGCUCAAACUCGAACGGCUGAGGCAGUGGCAGCAGCACAUGCAGGAGCAGCUGAAAGCCCACCAGCUAGAGGAACUCGUCAGUCUCCAGGAGGAGCAACAAAGGUUACUGGGCAUGGUGCAUGUGGCUCAGCAGGAUGGAGCAGAUUACAUAGAGAUCUCCAAGUUGACGGGAGCGGACUGGGGAGAGAACACUCUAUUGGGGGGCUACCCCCUCUCUCACAGACCCCCAGCAGCCAAGAGCUUCCCUACAUUCCGGCAGCCUCCAAGGGGCCAGGAGCAGGAAAAGGACCAAACACUGGGGACAGAAGCAUGGAGCAAUCCACACAAACGUCAUCAGCUGAAUGGGGAUGCUGAUGAUGGGGGUGGUGAUGAGGAAGUCACGUUAUCUUCCCAUUCUGCUCCCUCCAUGACUGAAGACUACAAAGCAUAUAGAGGAGAUGACUGUGAACUAGACUCACAGGACAGGCCCAUUAAACCAGGGAUAGGGGGGCAGAAACAGACGUUUGAGGCGCUCCUGGAGGAACAGCUGAGACUGGAGGAACAGAGACUGAAGACCACCCAGCAGCAGCAGAGCCCAGAGGCAGCUGAGGGAGCCAGUCCGAGAGCUAAUACCAAGAGAGCCUUCCUGAGGCGAGGGGAGGGCCUCUCCAGAUUCACCAACCGAAGCAAAGCCCCUAUGCCCAACAGAGGGGAACCCCAAAAAGAUCUCAAACCCCAGGCCAAGGUCAGCACCCGUUGGCCCACCCAGAAGGUCAGUCAGCGCCCCCCCGUACAGCGCAAGACUGCUGUGCUCAACAAGGAGAACAGACCAAGAGACCUGUGCUCACCCCUUCUGGACAGUGUCAGACCAGAGGGCAAGGCAGACAAGCCGGUCGCAGUGAGGCCCAGAGUCCUGGGCAGUCAUCAGAGACAGAACAUUGAGAUGACUAACUGUCUAAGGCCAAGGGAGGUGAUUAGUAACAAGGUGGGCGGGACUUCUCUACCUGUGAGUAGAACUCCUGCAGCUGUAACUAAACAGUUUGGGCUUGAGGAGAGGACUGGAGCACUGCAGAGGAAUGGAAGUGGUCCAUCGAGACCGGAUGGAGCAGCAGAGGGAAAAUCGGGUGUUCCGGAGUAUUCCUUUGAGCUGUCGUUCCAGGAGAAGCUGCAGCACUGGGACUGUGACCGUCAGAAGGAGAGUGUGGAGCUGGGGGAGUUUGAGCUGUUGGAGCAGGCAGCUGAGGAACUCUCCUUCUCCUCCAACUCAUCCUUUGUCAUGAAGGUGCUGCAGCUGGACCAGCAACACCCCCUUCAGGGCAGCAGGGGGAGCCAUCCGCGACGCCUCUCCUCCACGCCCAUCAAAUCCCCCACACUGCCUAAAGGGGUUCACAGCCAGGGCACCAGUAGAAGUGGCCAAGGCACAGGGACCAGCUCAUCUGAAUCACCAGGAGUAUCUGCUGUGAGGGCAAAGGGGGUAAUGAGGGAAAACGGCAAAGCCACUGAUGAGGAAGAAGAUGAGGUGAGCGACGGCAAACAUGAGGAAAUCUCUGACAUCUUGUUCCACAGCAGCUCUGAAUUCGGGGAUCGGGAGGAAGUAGCCCGACCGUCAUACCAGACUACAGUUUCCAGCAACCUCUGGGAAAACCCGCUCCCUGCAUCCAACCCUCCAUACGACAAGAGGUCAUAUCAGGACACAGAGGGAGGCUCAAGCCAGGCAGAGGAGGGCGGGGAGAGUGACCUUGACGACUCCACCCUUUUGGAGGACAGAGAAGAGAGGGACCACGAGGGUCUGUUGGUGUUUGAUGACAAUGACACCUGGAACGACCUGGAGGAGGCUGGCAGCAUCGUUGAGGACGAUAGCAGAACAAGAGGCGCUGCAACAGGAAACCGACACACUCCCACAGCAACAGUGAAUGACAUUUCACCCACAGAGAGGACACUGAAGAGAAAGGUGGCUGUGGCCAAAGGGACAGAGCUGGAAAGGAUGUCUGUUAUCACAGCAGCCAACCAGGAGCCAGAUCCUCCUCCCGCUUCCCAUCUCAUGGCCAGGCUGUUCCCCUCGCUAAAGCCCAAAACCCAGGCCCCUUCUCCACCAGAACCUAUGAAGACUGAGGUCGGAUCAGGCCAGCAGCAGUCCAGGCAGCUGAGGGAGAGGCUGGUGGAGCUGGAGCUGGAGAUUGAACGUUUCAGGACAGAGAAUGCUGCCUUGGCCAGACUUAGACAGGAGAACGAAAAGAACCAGGAGAAACUCCGUAAGGAGUGUGCAGAGUUUGAGCAGCGGAAGGCUGAGGAGCUGGCCAAGUUUGAGGAGUUCAAGAGGGAGGAGACCAAGAAGCUGCAGAAGGAACGCAAGGUGUUUGAGAGGCAUGCCUCUGCCGCCAGAGCCAUACCAGACAAGAGGGAGCGUGAGGAGAUCCAGGCCAUGAAGAAGCAGCUGAGUUUCCUGCAGGAGGAGUUGAAGCGGAGAGAGAGCCGCUGGUCCACCACACAUAACCGUCUGCGGCAGCAGAUAGACUCCCUGAGCUCAGAGAACAGCAACCUGAAAGACGAGGUCCGCACCAUGGAGAAACUACGCCUCAGCACAUGGAGGAAGAUUGGGACAGACAGCGAAAGAGAGAACGACAGGAGGGAGAAGGAGAGAGGGCGGGAGGGACCCAGGCCGUUGGACAGUUACAUUGCUCUUGAAGCCAGGUGCCUCAAAUUGGCAAGUCCUCCUGACACUGUGAGGAGCAGCCAACCACAGAACAGCAUUUCCUCUAAAGGCAGCCCAUCAGGACACAGCCCCACCACUCAAGGAGGUAUCAGGGGCAUCCUGAAGCGGUCAGGCCUUUCACCAGCACCCAGCCCCGCUCACAGUUCCAGCUCAGAGGAUAGACCAGAAUCUUUGACCAGGAGCCACCACCCAGCACAGAGCCACGACCACUCAAACAACCUGUCCCCUAGGGCUCGAGGUCUGCAGACUGAAACAGAGGUCAAAGAGCAACAAGAGCCAGGUCAGGAAGUCCUCACCCACUCUGAUGGAAAGAUGGAGAGGGUUCUGGCCUGUGGAGGGAGACUCAUCAUCUUUCCCAAUGGGACCAGGAAGGAGGUGUCAGCGGACGGACUGACAGUCAAAGUCACCUUCUUCAAUGGGGACAUCAAGCAGGUCAUGGCUGACCAGAGAGUGAUCUACUACUAUGCGGAUGCCCAGACCACUCACACCACCUAUCCUGACGGCAUCGAGGUUCUGCAGUUCCCCAACAACCAGACUGAGAAGCAUUUCCCUGAUGGCCGUAAGGAGAUCACAUUCCCUGACCAGACAGUCAAGAACCUCUAUCCAGAUGGGAGGGAGGAGAGUGUCCUCACUGACGGGACCAUCAUACAAGUUAACUUGGAUGGCAGUAAGGAGAUCCAGUUCAACACAGGCCAGAAGGAGAUCCACACAGCAGACUAUAAGAGGAGGGAGUACCCAGAUGGCACUUUGAAGACAGUCUAUACCGAUGGCAGACAGGAGACCCGCUACCCCACCGGACGCCUCAGAGUUAAAGACAAGGAUGGUAACAUUGUCAUGGACAACAGGCCCUAGGAUUGUUUACACAAUAUGAGGUAUCGCCAUGGGAACUAAAGCUGAAGCACAGUUGAACAUUUCUGUUGGGGUGAGAGUUGUUUGACAUAGGUUUUUAGUAUGUUUGAGUUGAAUGUAGUGAGUGACUUGUAAAAAAUGUCUAAUCCAUAUUUAUUUUUAGUUGAUUGUAUUGUUUUGGUAAAAUAAAUGUUUAAUCAAAUCAGUGAGCACAUUCAGGUAUUGUUUUAAGAGUAAAACAUUGAAGCAGUAUAAAAUUAAACUAAUACUUCUGUACCCUUCAUACAGACAGUAUUUCAGAUGUAAAAUA